ACAGUAGCAGAACGAUUUAGAGGGAUUACAUGAAUCAGGGAGAGUUUGUGACAUCAAUUCCUAAGAAAGACAGUCGGGUGGCGUGGAGACAAGAAGCCUGACUGCGUCUUUUACUAUUGGCCGGGAGGAUUAACAAGGCGGCGGUGGAGGCUUGAGUGCAGCUGCAGAGGUGAGGGUCACAGAUGCUCAUCCUGGAAGAGGGAAUGCUGCAUAAUGAGCGAAAGACACUAUAGUGUCGCGGGGAAUCCGUUCAAGAUGGAUAAAUGUUAUUUUUGACUUGAAGGCUCUCCAUUCAGAAAGAUGAGCAAUGACUCAAAGGCCGGUCCACUGGAAGCAGUGACCACUGGAUGACAUUUUAUUCUUUGAUUUAGCUCGAGUUUAACCUAAACUACAGGAUAAGGACUUUGGCUCGGGUGCAGCGGCCCAUCAUCUUCUGGCAGAUUUGACAAAGCCCCAGUUGGGUAACGGCAGAAAUUAAUAGCAAGCUUUCCAGGCUCCUGCAGUUCUCUCCUUAUGUGAACCUUGGAAAUCCCCUCUUGUCCAUUUUUACCUCCAUCUGUUUGCCUGUACAUGCAUCAACUUUAGAGAAUCUUCCUGUUCUGCCUCCCCUUUUAAUCACUCUCCCGCGGUUACAUCACAUUCAUCUUUGCUACACGGUUUAUUAAACCUGGCAGCUCAUCACCUCCCGACCCGCCUCCCCACCGGAAGCAUCUGUUCUUCCAUCCCUCUUUUCCCCCGUACCCGUCACACUGUGUGCCGAAUUCGUCUCCUGCCCUGCCCUGGUGCCUUUAGCCCCCUGCCACCGCUUUGGCCAUGUCGGAGCGCAUGUCGCGCCGCUCUCGCUCCCUGCUCUCCCUGACCUUGACCUCUCUGGCCCUGGCACUCUCCAUCCUGGCGCUGUGCACCUCCUACUGGUGCGAGGGCACCCACAAAGUGGUCAAGCCCCUCUGCCUGUCGCCCGUCAAGAUGAAGAACUGCGGGCAGAACAACAGUGAGCCUUACACCACAGAGAGCCCGACCCAAAACCCUUUCAACCGUACGCUGUCUCCAGCCAGACGCGAGGAGUUGGCUAAAAUCCGCCAGAGGCAGCUGGCCAAUGCCGUUCACUACAUCUGGGAGACCGGCGAGGACAAGUUCGCUUUCAGAUACUUCCACACCGGCUUUUGGGAAAGCUGCGAGAAACACAGUGAUGGUGAGAAAUGCAGGAGCUUUAUUGAGUUGACGCCAGGGGAGACGCAAGGUGUGCUUUGGCUGUCAGUCAUAUCGGAGUUCACGUACAUUGGCCUGCUUGGGAUGGGCUUCUUGCUAAUGUGGCUGGAAGUGUUGUGCUCUCACAAGGAAAUGCACUCACUAAAAAUCAGUGCCUACGCUGCCAUGUGCACUGUGCUGUCAGGUCUUCUCGGGAUGGUGGCCCACAUGAUGUACACCACCGUCUUCCAGAUGACAGUCAUUGUGGGCCCCAAAGACUGGAGGCCUCAGUCCUGGGACUAUGGCUGGUCUUUUGCUCUCGCCUGGGUGUCCUUCAGCUGCUGCAUGGGCGCCGCCGUAGUGACGCUCAACUCCUACACAAAGACCAUCAUCGAGCUGCGCCGCAAACAGAGGCUUCGUCUGGAGGAGGCGAGGGCUGCCGCCCGGGCCCCUUGCUAUGAGGAGGUGGUUUCUGGCCCCGUCGGCGGAGGCUCCGGGGGUUUCUACUCCGUCAGCGGCCUGCUACAGUGUCCCGACGGCAUGAUCGACGUGGCGUGGGCCCCCAACGGCAGCGUGGUCGGCGUGGGCAACGGGGAUGUGCCUACGCUGGUUUUAGUGGGAGGCUGCGGGCCUGAGGGUUGUGAAGACUGCGAGAGGGAGAUGGAUGAGAUGGAGGGACCUGUGGACAGAGUGGACUCCCCUUGCUGAACGAC